AGCUUUCGAGGGCCUGUGAAAUCGUAGUUUGAACGUAAAAGUCCAUGAAGCACUGCGGAAGCGGUUCGUUGCAGGCUUCGUCAAAGUGACUUCAGUCGAAAAAUGAUUGGCUCAACGUUUGUUUGAUUUUUUAUAACUCGAACGACAUUUUAUUUCGAGCGGCAUCUUUGGGCUUGUGAAUCGCGAGUUAAAUUGCCAACGGUGAUUCCAUUGAACGCCGGAUCCUCCGGUGAUUACCACUGAAUCUAAUUACAGCACGCCGAAGUUGUCGAACUGUAUGUAUACACGUGCACAUGUGUACACGUACACGAUUGGAUAUGCUCGUUCCCCUUCCCCGUCUUUGAUUCGAUAAGACCGUGAAAGGUCGCGUCGCGGUUCAUCUUUGACGAACAAAGCCACAGAAAAAUCCCCAAGUUCAUUCUCUCUUUUUCCUCUUUUUCUCUCCCUCCCCCUUUUUAGUUUGUUCUGCUCCGAGGUUUCUUCAAAUAUUCCGUAUUUUCCUCUUCUUUCUCCUGCUAAUCGACACGAGUCUCUGAUUAUAAAAAAUGCGGAGGCUACAUUAAACGAGAAAGCGCAGUGCCCGAGUCUAUUUAAUGUCACGACAGAGCCGCCAGUGUACCACCGGUCAAAGUUGAAUCGACAAGCGGACAGCGAUGUCCGCGUCGGAAGAACCGAAGUCGGUUCUGCUUUUCGUUUUCGGUGCAGUUACGCUGGUUUUUUCUUCUUCGAAAUUUUUGGGUUUUCGUAGUUUUUUUCAUUCGUGAUUAUUCCGUGGGAGUGUAACUCUCUUUCGCUUAUCCCACGUCCAACCUCGCUUGGAAUGAUCUUGCCAUUCCUGCAUGAGUUUUUUCGAUUCGCUGGAACUCGAAGAUAUUUUUUCAAUCGUUGAAAGUACGACGAAAUCAUUGCGUUUGGCAACCGUGAACACGUGUGCGAAAAAAAUGUUUGCGAGAAGGAAUAGCCCGGGCGGAAUUUUCGAGUGAUCGAACGCCUCUCAAGAGCGUUAAAAAAAGAAUUUGCCGGGAAGCAGAAAACCGGAGACUCAAAGUGUUUCGUACAAAGGAAGUGUGGAAAAAAAAUUAUUUGAAAAACUUGAAAUUUCGUUUAAUGCUUUUCCAUGAAUAUUUUAGUGGCUUUGAAAUGAUGUUGUUUUGAUCACACGAUAUGCGAAUAUAAACGAACGAGAGAACAAAACUAAUAGAACAAUGGUUAUAACAAACACCCUCGAAAGAAUGGGAACUCUCAGUAGAAAUCGCAACACCUUCAGGGGAGUUCCGAAAGCGGAACUCGAGAAAAAAACAAGCGCGAUUCUUCGUACUAUGACGAUUGAAGAACUUUAUUCGACUCUCGUUUACAUGACGCAACAUCAAGUCGGUUACGAUGUUUCGAAUGAGUGCGGACAGGAUGCACUUUUGAACCAUCUACAGCAGGCUUUCAAGGUUGACAAUGAAACACACGAACAAGUUUUGGAAGACACCAGAAAUAUGGAGGCUCCAGUGAUGCAUCUCAACGUGGAGGUUAUAGAGGCCAAAGAAUUAGUUUCCAAAGAUGCGAACGGCAAGAGUGAUCCCUUCUGCGCUCUUUAUCUCGAAUCAACCCCAACUCGACGUUACAAUACAGCAGUUAAAACGGCAACGCUCACUCCAGUCUGGGAAGAGCACUUCGAGCUGCCCUUGGAGGACGCAGAAAAUGAUGCUCUUUGCCUCGAAGUCUGGGAUUUCGACGCUGCGGAAACGGUGCCAGAAAAAAUGAGUAAAGUGAAAGACGUUAAAGGGGUCAGAGGAUUGGUCAAACUCGCUAAAGAAAUAGCCGUAACUGCUACAACCGGAAGUCACGACAACGAGUUCAUAGGGCGCAGCAGAAUACCCUUGAAGGAUAUUCCAGUGACCGGCCACUCGAUGUGGUAUUCGUUAGAAAAAAAGCACAAAUCCAAGCGCCGUGGCGUGGUGCGACUGAGGUUGGCGUUCAGCGCCGAGCACAACACGCGCGUGGCGGCGCAAGAGCAUCGCCAUUUGUUGAGAAUUUUACUCUUGUACGAGCUUGAAACAGAAAAGACGGAAAAAUAUUGCUGGUGUGGAAGAUGGUCAGCAGCUGCGGAAGCGCUGGUACUUCAGCACCGCGCGCAGAAAGGUUUGCUCGCGAGAAACGUCGCGUUGUCACAGUGGGUCGAGUACUCGAGGAUCCACCAAAAACAUCCCCUGCAUUUCGCUGUUUUCAACAAAUUGGCGAUCGAACUACUGAGACCCCUGGAAAGUGGACUCUUCUCCAACGACGAGGUCAUCCUCUUUUGGGACGCUACGCGAAAACUUUUGCACUCGUGUUUCAACAGCAUUAGAAAAAUCAGGAAACUUACCGAUGGAGACAAAAACUCCAUGGCGCAAAUGAGUGCUGUUUUGGGAAUUAUUUCCUCCGUCUCAACUCUACAAGUCCCUGAAGACUUUGAUCUGUUUCCGACCAAAAUGUACGCUUGGUUCCCCGAGCCCGAUGGCCCAAAACCCGACGUUCUGCAGGCUCUGGAAUUCACCGUUAUACAAGGAGGAGCCGAAUGGUGGGACCACAUUUUACAAAAUAACACCCCUGAAUCGGACACCGACGAAGACGCCAUCAAACUCCACAUUAAAAUCAUUCAAUUGGUCAGAGCCGAUCUGCAACGCGCGGCAGAAGUUUACGACAGAAUGUUUAUCAAAAAAGUAAACUUUCCAUACGCCCGAACACUGUAUAUCAUGUACGAAAAGCGGGUCAGUGACUUGUGCAUGAUAAUCGUCGAGGACGUUUGCUUAAGAUUGAAACGUAUCGAGGUCGAAAACAAUGACGACGCGGAGUUGUCACUCGGCACAACGCUUUUCGAGCUUUAUUUGACCCUCCAGAGAUUCGCUGUACUUGGCCAAGUCCUGUGCAUCGACGGUCUGGAUCACAUGAAGAUUCAGAGUUAUCACGAAUGGUUCAGAGCCGGGGUCGCUCACUGGCUUGACAUGGCGGUGUACAAAGCCCUCACGAGAAUCGACAGAGCCGUCAAAUUUGACACCCUCCAACCGGUCGAUUCGAGUGUUUUGUACAGUUCGAGUGCGGUAGACACGUUGGGCAUUUUCUGUCAAAUCAAAAUUUUCUGGACUCAAUUGGCCUGGCCAGAUAUCGAGGGGUCAUACACUUUCAUCGCCAAAAUCAUCGACGACAUUUGCAAAUGUUCCAUCGCCUACGCUGACAUGAUGGCAGCAAAAGUUGAAAAAGUCACUCAGAUCGACCAGGAGAACGACAACACGAGUAGCGUCUACGAGAAAAAAUUCGAAGUCUCGACUGCUUGGUGUUUGGCCAUAAACAACAUCGACUACAUCCGCUCGUCGAUAAAGCCGUGGGCGAACGAUCUCGGUCUUCAAGGAAUCGUCGAUGCUUUGGCUGAAAACAAAACGCAACAAGAGGCCGAUCGUUGUCGACAAACCCUCGAGCUCAUAAUAGACAAUGCCACUGACACGGUUAGGAACAAAAUCAUCGAAUUACUCGAAGUCGUUGCCAAUAAAAUGGCACCCGCUAUGAGCAGAUAUCUCAUGGAAGGUGCUGAGCUUGUUGACACUACGAGCAACGCUCUGGACCGACUGCUUCGUUAUUUGGAUGAGAACAUAACGAUAUUGCACGACUAUCUCAACGAGGACAACUUCCAGAGGAUACUUCUCGUCAUUUGGGAAAUCAUGUCCGAAACUUUGUACCAAUUGGUCAAUAAUAAUCUCGGGAAAAGAAGACCCCCAUCGUUCUACUCAAAUCUCCACCGUACUCUUCACACUCUCAUAAGAUUUUUCAACCUCGGUGCUGACGAGACGUCGAAUGUCCAGGUGCUGGAGAAAAUCGAGCAUCUGUUGAAGCUGCACGGUAUGGAGACUGCUGAAUUGAUUCACCGUUUCAACCUCGACAGGGUUCAGGAGCAAAAAGAUAUGGAAGAAUCGGUUCAUGGCAUGCUGACGGUCAGAGCACAGUUCGUCGACAAUUCUCUGAAUGUGCAAAUACUGAACGCAAGAAAUUUAAGACCCAUGGAUAGUAAUGGCGAUUUUAUAGGCAAGCUGUCGACUAUCGAGCGCAAGCUUCAUUCAAAAUCUAAACAAAGACUGAGAGAGAUGAAGACAAGCAAAUGUGACGCUUAUGUCAAACUGAGAUUGCUGCCGGAGGAAAAGUUCAACGAAAUCAAAACGCCAAAGACUCAUGUACAGAAGGAGACACUCUUCCCAUUGUUCGAUGAAACAUUAACAAUACCCUUAACGACUGACCAGAGAAACUUGGAGGACGCUAUUUUGGUUUUUGAAGUUAAAGACAAAGAUUUCUUGAGAACAAGAUUUAUGGCGGAGGCUUUUUUACAAUUCAACGAAAUUCCUAGUACUGGCCACGAGAGUGGGAUUGAGUCUCUCGAACAGAUUCAUCUGAAACUUUCUCGCCCAACUGACAGAGACACGGAUGUGAUCAGGGCUCUGGAACAUCGGAAAGGGGAUAAUCAAGCGAUGGAAUUCAUCUCAAAACUGAACGCAAAAUCAGGCAGCAGAUAAUUUGGCAAAGAGUAAAGAUUCAUUCUGAGACAAAAAAUCAUUGAUAGGCUGUGCUGACAUUUAUAAAAAAAAAAAAGAUAGGUGAAGUUACUUAUCGUCGGUUUGAACAACGAAAAAGAUAAAUUUGCAUUUCUUAUUUACCACUCAAACGCUGAAAGCAGAAUUCAAGUGUUACCUAUAGGUGAAACUUAUGGGGUUUCAAAGGUUUUAAACAACGUAAGCAGCUAGGAUCACUCAUUAGCGAAUAUGAAAAAUAAUGUUGUAAUAACCCAUUGAUUAUUCACCGAACUGAUACGCAUGUGAAUAGGUAUUACAAUCUUUGUAAAUAUCGUUUUUAAUUGUCUUCGUUAUAAUCAGAUAUUAAUAUAAACACGAGGACUCAAUGAAAAAUAAACGUUUGUAUGAAAUAA